CUCUCUUGUCAUAGCUCGAAUCAGACCGACAUAAAACUUUGCAGCUCAGUCACAUUACGGAAACGAAAGUAAGCGGGUAAGAAAGUAUCGUGCCAAAAAGAGCAAAGAUCGCCAAAAAGUUGUGGUCAUCAGCAAACGAUUUGCAUAAAUAUAAAAUAACUGCUGUACGCACAUAUUAAUAAAUUCGAGAGGAUUAUAGAAAGUUUCAAAAAUCAAUCAGCGAUUUUGAGCCGCAAUGACUAACAAAUGGCCUCUUAGCAUUGUCAUUUUAGUGGCAUUAUACUGUAACCUUUCACAUGGAUACUCAGCACUGGAGGAUGCUCGCAUUAUUGCCGAAUAUAAACGAAGUUUGAAGGCGUCAGGGGAGCCCAAAGAACUGGAUCAUGCUGCUAUUGCUCGUAAAUUGGUGCAUCAAACAGAUUGGGCUUCCGUUGGCACCAUAUCAUCUAAUCCGGCUGUAAAGGGCUUUCCCAUGGUCAAUAUUAUUUCAAUAAAUGACAAUGAUGUGCAUCAAAAAUCGACGGGACGUAUACGUUUUCUUCUAACUGAUUUAGAUUUCACCGGCAUCGAUUGGCAAGUUAGUAAUAAAACAACAUUUCUUUUUACCGAUGAGCAACAACUUCAUUGCUCUCGGCCAAAGGGAUGGAAUGUACAACCAAUUGAUCCCAUGGAACCAACCUGUGCUCGUGUCAUGAUUAGUGGACAAGUUAAAAAGAUGGACAAAAAUGCCAAAGAUUAUGACCCAGCUCUGGUGUCAUUUGUGGAACGUCAUCCUGCAGCUAAAAAUUGGUUAAAAGCCCAUGCCUUCUACUUGUGCGAAUUGGAGAUUGAAAAUAUUUUUGUCUUGGACUACUAUGGUGGCCCUCAUACUGUCAAACCCGAUGAUUAUUACAAUGUUCAAUUGUAAGGAUAUGAAAACGUGUGAAAAUUUUAUGUAUUUUACAAUAUGAAGUAUUGUAAAAAGGCAUACAUACAUAUGUAAAUAAUAUGAAUUUUAGAAAAAUGAAUUGUAUAAAGAAAACUUGUGAUCAUUUUAUAUUGUGAAUUAAACUACCUUUUACAUCUCGAA